AUGUCCCCGCAGGGCCAACUCGCCUACUGGCACGACGCCGAUCUCCGCUACGAAGCACUCGACUGCCGCCGCUGCGAAUCGCAGCGCGACUACCUGCUGCAAUACUCGCCCAUCAUCCGCUACCUAUCUACCAACAUUGCCCAGCUGGGCGGGACCCUCGAUGGUACUAACAUCAGGUGCAGGAGGUGCGAGCCCCAUGAGCGGAUGGAGGGCGGGUUUGAUCCCAGAUACGGGAUCAAGCUCUGUGCGAAUGUGCUCGAGGGGAGGAAGAAGGUGGAGGAUACGCUGGCGCAUGAGAUGGUGCAUGCGUGGGAUCAUUUGAAGUGGAAGGUUAAUUGGGAGGCGGACGGCGGGGAUUUGAGAGGCGUGGCUUGUACGGAGAUACGAGCAAGUUCUCUCAGCGGCGAAUGCAGAUGGACGAACGAGUUCUUCGGCAACAAGAUCCUGAAAUUUACAAACCAACAUCAGAAUUGUGUACGGCGGAGGGCGGUACAGUCGGUGAAGAGUCGACCGCAGUGUAAGAGUGAUCUGGAUGCCGUCAAGGCGGUCAAUGAGGUGUGGGAUAGCUGUUUUCGGGAUACAAGACCUUUUGACGAGAUCUACCGGUAA